GGUGGAUGCUGAUCGCUCUGUCUCGUGCCCUGUGCCCUCCAUCCCUCGGCGAUCUCCCAACGCUUGAACACGGGAUAUCCGAGGAGGUCUUUGCAGGAGGAUGGGGAGACACGUCUCCAGUCACUGAAGGAAGUCGGAUAUUGAUGCCGAGCCAGACGAGAGUCCGGGGAGCAGUGGCAGCAGCAGUAGCAGCAGCAGUGGUGCUGUAGAUGCCCUCUCCACAGCUCCUGCCUCAACGCCCCUUCAGGCCUCUGCAGGGCAGCCGGGACAGAGAGGAGACAGCUCCUGCUCUGAUUCUGACAGUCCUGUAGAUACCAGCUCCAGUGAGGAAGAGGAGGACGAGGAGGAGGAAGACCCCACUAUGUUCUCCUCAAAGUUUCUUAGUGGGGCCAACCCCCUCAGUGCUGUGUCUUCUGCUGUGAAUAAGUUUAGUUUAUUUGGGGAUGAUGCAGAAGCAAGUAAAAACCAGAAAACACCUAUUCAGCAAGGAGCAAAGCCAUCUGGAGAGCAAACAGGAUCUGGCCCUGCCAAAGGGCCACAACAGCAACAGGUUACGCAAAAAUCAGGCCAGUGUCCACGUCUUCAACAGGACAAACCCCUCCCCAAACAAGCAGAGCACCAACCUCAGAGAAAUGGACAGAAACAACCGCCUAAAGACAGUGGUGGGCAACAAGCUGCUUCAAAGGGAGGAUUACAAAGUGAAGAACAGUUAAAAGGAGGGCCACAAAAAACCCUACCUAAGGGGGUACCACAGCAAGGUCCACCCAAGACUGCAGACCAAAAACAGAUUCUGAAUAAAGGUGGAGUACAGCCAGAAUCUCCCAAAGGACCACAAAAACAGGUUUCACCUCAGAUGGGGCCUCCUAGAACUGAUGCAAAACAGCAAGUACCUGCAAAAACAGAAAUGCAAGAUUCUGCAAAAUGUGAACCACUAAAACAUGGUCCACAGCAAGGGUCACCUAAAGUUGGACAGUCGCAACAGAAGGGGUCACCAAAGGUUUCACAGCAACAUCAGGUCUCAUCUAAGGGACAACAACUAGAGCAAGGAGCUUGGACUAUACCCCAGUCCCAGUUGUCCAAUAAGCCUGGGCCACAAUUACAAGACUCUAAAGAACCUGGUACACCUCGAUUGACUCAGAGAGGGUCUUCAUCCCCAGGAGUUAUUAAAUCCACAGUUGUAUCUAAGUCCCACUGCCCAGUGUGUAACACAACAGAACUCAAUAUGCACUCCAAGGAGCCCCCCAACUACAAGACCUGUACACAGUGCAAAAAGGAAGUGUGCAGCUUGUGUGGCUUCAGCCCUCCAGACUCUGAUGCGUGUGAAUGGCUUUGUUUGACCUGCCAGAUGCAACGAGCCCAAGGAGUGUCUGAACCUUCAGGACCUCUUUCAAGCAAGACUGCCCCCAGUAAAAUUCCUGCUACUCAAGAUCAGAAACCAACCACUGCAGCACCUGUCCAAAAAGGAACUCCAACAACAGGUUCUCCUCAGAAGGUGCAGUCUACAUUGGAAAAAGUGCCAGCCAAGGGUAAACCUGCCAAAGGAGCAGAAAGUCAAAAGCAGAGUAAUCGAGCUUCUUCUCCAAAAAUGGUGCAGGACACUCAGAGGAAGUCAGCAUCUCAGAAACCACCAGAUCAGAUUAGUCAAACUGAACACAAGGAAAGCAGUACCACCCCAGCCCCCAAGCAGGAGUCAGGAGGAUUAUUUGGCUUUGGUGGCACCAAAAGUGGAACAGCUAAGACUGAAGACAAGGUGACUGGGAAGAUGUUCGGUUUUGGAUCCUCCAUUUUUAGUUCUGCAUCUACUUUGAUAACUUCAGCUGUGCAAGAUGAGUCUAAAACGACACCACCAAUCUCUCCCAAAAUGCAGUUUGCAAAGGAGUCCAAAGUGGCUGCUGGCUUUCAGCCAGAGCAAGAGAAGAAACAAGAGCAAGUGAAAGUUCCCAUUCUUGGACAAGCCAAAGUGGAUAAAAUUCCAUCAGAGACUGCAAAGACAGAUCUCAAACCAGGGCAAUCCACCUGUCCAAUCUGUAAGAUGGUGCUGAACAUUGGUUCCAAAGAUCCUCCAAACUACAACAAGUGCACUGAAUGCAAAGGCACUGUGUGCAACCAAUGUGGAUUCAACCCAGUGCCAAAUGUUAAAGAGGGAACAGACUGGCUCUGUCUCAACUGCCAGGUGAAACAUGCUGCUGAGGGUAUUGAUUCUCAGAAAGACACAUCUAUCAUCAGUUCCACACAAAAAACAACUGCACCAGGCUCACCACAGAGGAAAGUGUCUACACCAGCAGAACAGCAAGCUAAGGUCAAUGCUGCAAAAAGACAAGAAAACCCAUUGCAGCAGAAAACAGGUCCUGGUCAGAAAACACCAGAUCAGAGCAGGAAGACAGAUUUGCAAAAACCUCCACUCCAGGCAAAUGAAACCACAGAGAAGCAGAAUAAUGCCACUGCUGCAACAUCGCAACAGUCUGGAGGAUUCUUGGGGUUUGGUAGUCCUAACAGCCAGUCUAAAGUCUCAGUGAGUGGGAAGAUGUUUGGCUUUGGUUCCUCGAUCUUAAGUUCUGCAUCAAGUAUGAUUUCCUCCGCUGGUCAGGAUGAGCCAAAAACCACACCACCACUUUCUCCCAAAAUACCUACCCCAAAGGAUUCCAAAUCCCCUACUGCAAAGAAACCUGAGCAAGUCCAGCAGCCCAAAGUUUCACAGUCACAACAGCCCAAGGUGGACAAAGCUCAAUCAGAGCCUCCAAAGCAAGUAUCAGCUUCGAAAGCAACUACGUGUCCGCUUUGUAAGUUGGAACUUAAUGUGGGCUCAAAGGACCCUCACAACUACAACACCUGCACAGAGUGUAAAACCACUGUCUGUAACCAAUGUGGAUUCAAUCCAAUGCCAAAUAUCAAAAGGGAGAAAGAGUGGUUGUGUCUCAACUGCCAGAUGUCGAGAGCACUUGGAACAUCUGAGCCUCCAGGAAUGCCACUGAUGAAAGUCCCACCUUCACCAAAUAAGACAUCAUCUGUUCCAGACUUGAAUAAAGACAGUCCCCAACUAGAUAAAUCUAAAAUGAAAGAAAUCCCAGCACCUGUUGAAUCUAAAACAAAGGCAUUAUCAACACCAAGGAACCCAGCAGUAUCAGCAGUUCAGCCAAGAAAGGCUGAAGUUGUGAAAGGAUCAGAAAGUCAAAAAACAAUCAACCCAACUCCAGGACAAAAACCAGAGCAGAAUAAAACACCAGACCAGACAAGUCAAACACAACGUAAGCAGAGUAAUGCUACUAGUGCUCAAGAGUCAGGAGGGUUCUUUGGGUUUGGCAGUCCUAAACACCAGCCUGAUAAUGCACAGUCUGCUGAAUCAGUCAGUGGAAAAAUGUUUGGCUUUGGUUCCUCAAUCUUCAGUUCUGCACCCACUUUAAUAAACUCAGCAGUUCAAGAUGAACCGAAAACGACACCUCCCGUUUCUCCUAAGUUGCCUGGUAUAAAGGGAAAUCAACCACCUGCUUUUCAAAAACAAGAGCAGGGAAAGAAAUCAGAGCAUGCCCAAGAUUCCAAAAGCUCUUCAAUUCUCCAGGCAAAAGUAGAUAAAGCUGCACCAAAGCCUCCAAAGGAAUCAGAAGCCUUGGCAGCUACUUCAAAGGCAGGCCAAUCCACCUGCCCACUCUGCAAGGUGGAACUCAAUUUAGGUUCCAAGGAUCCUCCCAACUACAUGAACUGCACUCAAUGCAAAAACACUGUUUGUAACCAGUGUGGAUUUAAUCCAGUGCCAAAUGUAUCAGAGAUAAAGGAAUGGCUAUGCGUAAACUGCCAGAUGCAGAGAGCUCUUGGUGCAUCUCAACUCACAGGAUCACCCAUGAGCUCCAUCAACUCAGCAAAUGUGGUUUCUCCAUCUGCUGCACAUCAGAAGACAACAACUUCUCAAAAGCAAUUCCCAACAUCUGAUACACCCUUAAAUAAAGAGACUUCAAAGCUUGAUACAAUCCAAAAGAAGGACAGCUCCAUACCAAGUUCCCCCAAGAAUACACAGCAAGCGACAACACUGAAGGUCAAUGAUGCUAAGGGAUCAGAAAGGAACAAACAAGCUAGACCAUCUCCGGGACAGAAAAGCAAUCUAGAUGGUCAGAGGGCAACAGUUUCUCAGAAACCAUCAGAUCAGACAGGCCAACUGGGAUUGAAACAGAGUGAAGUCACACCAGAUGUACAGAGCAAAACAGGGUCUGAUACCUCCGUAACUGGGAAGAUGUUUGGAUUCAGGUCUUCCAUUUUCAGUUCAGCAUCAACUUUGUUAACAUCUGCUGUUCAGGAAGAGUCACGGAUAACACCACCAGUUUCUCCCAAGAUGUCACCAACAAGACAGUCCAGAAAGGCUACUACUCCCAAUUCUGAGCAAGACAAGAAAUCUGAGCCAUCUCAGCAGGGUAAAGUGGUCAAAACUGCAUCCCAGACAUCUAAAACAGGAAAGUCCAGUUGUCCACUUUGCAAAGCUGAGCUGAAUAUUGGCUCCAGGGACCCUCCCAACUACAACAACUGCACUGAUUGCAAGGCUACUGUCUGUAACCAGUGUGGAUUUGAUCCAAUGCCAAAUGUCAGUGAGGUAAAAGAAUGGCUUUGUCUAAACUGUCAGAUGACAAGAGCAGUUAAAAUACCUGAGCCCCCAGGCCCUCGACAAACAAAGUCCCAGAUGUCACCCAGUAAAGCAGCUGCAUCUGUUUCUGGCCAGCUGAAAGACUCUUUGAAAUCACCUACACCUCAACAGAAGGCCAGUGAAGAAUCUGCUGGUCAAAAGAGUGGAACAUCAGAACUUGUGUCAUCUCAGAGGCAACCUCAAUCAUCUACUGGCACAGAAAACCAGAAAUUGUUCACCCCACCUGUUGAUCAAGAAAUGCCAGAUGAAAAACAGAAAACAAGUCAACAAAAAUCACCAUCUCAGGCAAAUCAAUCUGGAUUAAUGCAGAAUAUACCCACCGCGGCAGCACAGCAAGACUCAGGAGGCAUCUUUGACUUUGGUAGUGGUAAACCUCAGCCUGAUACUACCAAGCCAGCAGAGUCAGUGACGGGAAAAAUGUUUGGCUUUGGUUCCUCCAUCUUCAGUUCUGCAUCCACGUUUAUAACCUCAGCAGUUCAGGAUCAACCAAAGACUACACCACCAGUUUCUCCCAAGAUGUCUCCGGCAAAAGAAAUAAAAUCCCCUUCUGUCCAGAGGCCAGAGCAGCAGAAGAAACCAGUGCAACCACACGAGGCAAAGACACCUCAAUCACAACAAGGCAUAGUGGACAAAGCUCCAUUAGAUUCCAAGACUGCAGUAACCAAAACAGUGUUGACUACCUGUCCACUCUGUAAAAUUAAACUCAACAUGAGCUCUAAGGAUCCAUCCAACUAUAAUACCUGCACCGGAUGCAAGAAUACUGUCUGUAAUCAGUGUGGAUUUAACCCUGUGCCAAACGAAGCAGUGGUGAAGGAGUGGUUAUGUCUAACCUGCCAGAUGCAGCGUGCUACAGGAACAACACAAACGCCAACACCCUCCACAGUAAACCCAAAGACAGACACAAAAUCGCAAAAGGAGGAUCUCAUUAACCAAUUAAAACCAGCCACUAAAGAACCAUCCAAACCUGCUGCAACAGUCACCCAGCCAGAAAACACACAGGAUGCCAAAAAGCCAGAGAGCCAGAAAGUAGUCAGCUCAAUUGACUAUCAGAAAUUACCCCAGGAGACUCAGAGAGCAUCUGAUCGUGACAAGUCACCAGACCAGAAAAAGCAAGCUACAUCUAAGCAGAGUAAUAUUACUGCAGUACCACAGCAAGACCCUGGAGGACUGUUAAUAUUUUCUGGUGGCAAAGUGCAACCCGAUGCUACAAAACCAGCAGAAUCAGUGACUGGAAAGAUGUUUGGCUUUGGUUCCUCAAUCUUCAGCUCUGCAUCCACAUUGAUAACCUCAGCUGUCCAGGACCAACCCAAGACCACUCCACCAGUUUCUCCCAAGAUGUCUCUAGCAAAAGACAACAAAUCCUCUGCUGGCCAGAGGCAAGAGCAGGAAAAGGAUCUACAAAAUGCCCACCAGACGCAGACAUCUCACUUAGGACAGGUGAAAAUGGACAAAGCUUCAUCUGAGCCUAAAAAGACUGGAGUGACAUCCCAAGCAGAGACCAAACUAAGCCAGCCCACUUGUCCACUGUGUAAGUGUGAGCUCAACGUGGGAUCUAAGGAUCCACCCAACUACAACACCUGUACGGAAUGCAAGUCUACUGUCUGUAACCACUGUGGAUUUAACCCCAUGCCAAAUUUUCAACAGAAGAAAGAAUGGUUGUGUCUCACCUGUCAGACACAAAGAGCUCUAACAGCAACAGAAUCACUACAGUCACCACUGAUUAAACCCCAGGCAUCACCCAUCAAAGUGUCUGAUCCUGCCACUCACCAAAAGGAGGCCACUGUCAAUCAAAUGACACAGAAAGCAGGAGAAGUGCCAGAGAAGCCUGAGGAAACCAUAACCUUUAAAAUGGAUGGAACUGAAACCUCGACUUCUGCUUCACUGAAUGUAAAAGAGACUCCAAUCACUGCUUCGCCUGUGGCUAAAGAGACAAAUUCUGAGUCAUCACUCACCAAGGAGGUUCUGUCCUCCACUGCCCCUCCAGUGAAGGAAACAUCAGCUGCAGUUUCAGUGCUCAGUAAACAAUUGCCUACUCCUGAAGUGACGGAAACAUCAGCUUGUCUCCAGAAGAAAACAGAUCUUACUCCACCAUGCAUUCCUACUAGUAAAGUUUCAGGAAAGGAAAAAAGUGAAACAGUAAAGAAAUCAGAUGAUCCACUCAUCAUAUCAUCUGACGCACAGGCAAAGAAAGACCUAAACAAAGAGUCACAGUCCUUGGAACCUCAUGGUACCAAAUCUUUUCCACCUCCAGCACAGACAACAAGUCAGGAGUCAGGAGGCUUCUUUGGCUUUGGUAGUCCGAAGACGAAGCAUGCCGUAAAAACCACAGAAGCAGUGACUGGGAAAAUGUUCGGAUUUGGUUCAUCCAUCUUCAGCUCAGCAUCAACUUUAAUAACAUCUGCGGUUCAGGAGGAGUCCCAAAAAACACCGCCAAGUUCCCGUAAGAUGUCUGCUCCAGCCCAGGUCUGUGAUAAGAUAUCAACAUCGCAGGUUUCCUUAAAGCCCAGCCCCCUGGUUUCACCAAAGAUGACAAAACCACCUGUUGCCCAGAAAUCACAGCUGAAAAAAACAUCAGACCAAUCUCAUCAAAGCAGUUCUCCAUCUGGUCAAGCCAAAGUAGAAAAAGAUUUGUCAGAGCCUACAAAGGAACCAAAAGCCUCACAAGGUCCUCCACAAGUUGUCCAGUCUUCUUGUCCACUCUGUAAGGCAGAACUUAACAUGGGCACUAAAGACAUUCCCAACUACAACACAUGCACCGAAUGCAAGAAGACUGUGUGCAAUAAAUGCGGAUUUAGCCCGAUGCCAAGUGUAACACAGGUGAAAGAAUGGCUUUGUCUUAGCUGUCAGAUGCAAAGAGCUCUUGGAGCUUCUGAACCUCCAGGCCUUCCCAUGAUCAAACCUCAGUCUUCACCCAGUAAAGAGGCAGCUGACACCUCACAGAAGAAAGACAAUCUGAACUCUGUUCCCCCUCAAAUGGACGACUCUAAAUUAGCAGCACCUAAGAAAGUGCUUGACUCUGUGGCCACAAAUAAAGAUGGUGAAUCUACAGAAGCUCCAGCUGUUCCAGUGCCUGAAAAACCUGUUCCAUCUACAGACACACCCAGUAAUGUUGCAACCACUUUACAACAGCCUUCUGGAGUCACACCAAAAGAUAAACCCAGGACACCCCAGAAAGCGCCUCCAAAUGAUACAACUUUGUCAGCAAAGUCUGCUGUUCCACCAGGUCCAGAGGCCAGAAAACCAUCAACUCAACCUUCAGGAGCUGGUACCUCUCCAGCCAAAUCUGUACCAAAGCCAUCUCAGCCUGCCAAACAGGAAUCAGGGAGCUUUUUUGGCUUUGGAAGUCCCAAAACACAGCCUGCUGCUGCAAAAUCUACUGAGUCCGUUACUGGAAAGAUGUUUGGCUUUGGUUCAUCCAUCUUAAGCUCUGCUUCCACUUUGAUAACCUCAUCUGUUCAAGAUGAAUCUAAAACCACACCACCGACUCCAAGAAAGAUGUCUACAACAUCCCAUGUGUCUCCUAAAUCUACACCACCUGCCUCUCCAAAAUCAUUUUCUGCAAAGGACACCAAGCUAGAAACUGCUCAAAAGGCUGAAGAGAAGACGUCAGCUAAAGCUCAACAGCAAAAGGAUCCUUUGUUAGUACAAGCUAAAUUGGCCCAGAUCUUAGAGCAACCAAAGAUCUCAGUACCAGUAGGACCUUCAAAAGCCGAUAUUUAUACCUGUCCACUCUGCAAGGUGGAACUUAACAUGAGCUCCAAGGACCCACCCAGUUACAAUACUUGCACAGAAUGCAAGGUCAUUGUUUGCAACCAGUGUGGAUUUAACCCAAUGCCAAAUGUGACAGAGGUGAAGGAAUGGCUUUGUUUGAAUUGCCAGAUGCAAAGAGCUUUAGGAGUGUCAGAGCCUCCUGGUGCACCCAUGAUGAAAACACAGCUUUCCCCAAGCAAGGCUUUCAUACCUCCUGCACCUGAAAAGAAAGAUACGUCACUGCAAGUUCAGAAGGAGAAGUCUCCAGAUUCUGUAACAAUCAAAAAAGAGGCCGUUCAAGCAAGCCCUGACAAAAAACAAACCCCCAAGGUUGAGGGCACAUUGCCAACUGUAGUCCAAACGACAGACACAGCUCAAGGUUCUACGCCAAAGGGCCAGAUCCUUUCUGGUGAUGGGCUUAAAGCCCAACCAAGAAAAGCCCAGGGUACGACUGUCCAGAAACAACCUAUUGCACAACCCAGUGAGGAACCUGGAAAGCUAGAACAGAAAUCACAUCCUGUUGAACAAAAGGCUACAAAGCCACAACAACAGGCUUCCACAGCUGCAACAUCUUUACCCAGGUCUGCAACACCACCAGCUCAACCUGGGAAACAGGAGUCAGGAGGCUUCUUUGGCUUUGGUGGACCUAAACCACAAGCUUCAUCUGCAAAGUCUGCUGAUUCUGUGACUGGAAAGAUGUUUGGUUUUGGUUCUUCUUUCUUAAGCUCUGCAUCCACAAUGAUAGCCUCAGCUGUCCAGGAUGAACCUAAAACUACACCACCACUUUCUCCGAAGUUAUCUCCUGCAAAGGAAACCAAACCACCACCUGCUAUACAGAAAGCUGAGUCACCUCAACAAGCUAGGUCUUCUUUGUCUGUGCAGCCUAAAGUGAACAAAGCACGAACAGAUACUCCAAAGCCCACAGACAUGACCAGAGUAGCUCCCAAAGUGGGCCAGCCCAACUGCCCACUCUGCAAAGUUGAACUCAACAUUGGCUCGAAGGAUCCUCCCAACUACAACAUCUGUACUGAAUGCAAGAACACUGUCUGCACUCUUUGUGGAUUUAACCCCAUGCCCCAUACAGCAGCGAAGGAAUGGCUUUGCCUGAACUGUCAGACUCAAAGGGCAUUAUUGGGACAGCUGGGAGACUCAAGAAAAUUGUCUCAACCUCCACCUGUAUCUUCUAAGCUGCACAUGCAGCCUACGCCUACACCCAAGAAGGAAGAACCCACACCUGUAGCUACAAAAACAGAGCAAAAAGCACCUGUGGUCAAACCUGUGGCUACAAAAACAGAGCCUACACCUGUGGCUACAAAAACAGAGCCUACACCUGUGGCUACAAAAACAGAGCCUACACCUGUGGCUACAAAAACAGAGCCUACACCUGUGGCUACAAAAACAGAGCCUACACCUGUGGCUACAAAAACAGACCCAUUGCAAGUGGCUACAAAGACAGAGUCAACACCUUUGGCUACCAAGACAGAGCAAAAGACACCCAUUGCUACCAAGACAGAGCCCAAACCUGUGGUUCCAAAAACAGAGCCUACACCUGUGGCUACAAAAACAGAGCCUACACCUGUGGCUACAAAAACAGAGCCUACACCUGUGGCUACAAAAACAGACCCAUUGCAAGUGGCUACAAAGACAGAGUCAACACCUUUGGCUACCAAGACAGAGCAAAAGACACCCAUUGCUACCAAGACAGAGCCCAAACCUGUGGUUCCAAAAACAGAGCCUACACCUGUGGCUACAAAAACAGAGCCUACACCUGUGGCUACAAAAACAGAGCCUACACCUGUGGCUACAAAAACAGACCCAUUGCAAGUGGCUACAAAGACAGAGUCAACACCUUUGGCUACCAAGACAGAGCAAAAGACACCCAUUGCUACCAAGACAGAGCCCAAACCUGUGGUUCCAAAAACAGAGCCUACACCUGUGGCUACAAAAACAGAGCCAUCACCAGUGGCUACUAAGACAGAGCCCACACCUGUGGCUACUAAGCCAGAGCCCACACCUGUGGCUACAAAGACAAAGUCCACAUCUGUGGCUACAAAGACAAAGUCCACAUCUGUGGCUACAAAGACAAAGUCCACAUCUGUGGCUACAAAGACAGAGCCCACACCUGUGUCUACUAAGACAGAGUCCACACCCGUGACUACAAAAACAGAGCCCACACCUAUGUCUACUAAGACAGAGCCCACACCCGUGACUACAAAAACAGAGCCCACACCUAUGUCUACUAAGACAGAGCCCACACCCGUGACUACAAAAACAGACCCCACACCCAUGACUACAAAAACAGAGCCUACACCUGUGUCUGCAAAGCCGGAGCCCACAUCUAUGACUGAAAAGACGGAGCCCACGCCUAUGACAACAAAGACGGAGCCCACGCAUGUGACUACAAAGACAGAGCCCACAUUAACUCUCCUCACGACUCUUUCCACAGUUCCAACCCCAAAAACAGACAUCACACAUGGGCCCAUACAGACAGAACCCACACAACUGAAGAUGGAAACUACAGCUACAGCAAUUUCAACCAACAUGAAAACCACACAAUUACCUCAAACACAAAAGGUUCUGCCUGCCACAACAAAGCCCAACAUACACACUAUGGACCAUGCACAGGGAGGACCUAUAGUCUGCAUGUCAAGCACAGAUGUACCCAAGCUUACACCAACGAAAAAUGAAACUGUGAGAGUUGAAAAGUCUAAAUCUGAUCUUCCAAGCAUUCAGGGAGGUAUAUCUGCAGGAAUUUCUGUUCCUGUAACUGAGAUUGUUGCACGCACUUCCCCUGUUGCAGCAGAAGUUACAACUGCUGGAGUAGGUUCAGGGACCGAAUUAAAAGCAGUUGAAGUGUCUGCUCCAGAGGCAAUUGAGGAACUGCACCCUGAUGAUCAUGCCAAAUUGACAGAGCAAACACAACUGUCACAGGAACAUCAGAAAACAAAAACUGAUAAAUCAGCAGUGAAAGUCAAAUCAGCCACAGCAAAUGACAGCAGGAAGGUGAUUGAUGAAAAAACUGAAAAUAUUCUUCAAGUGAUUUCAUCUACGGAGCCACAACCAAUGUCUCAGAAAAACAUCAUAAUGAAUAAAACAGGUGAAAACAAGAAAGCAGGUAAAGAAGAGAAGAAAGUGUUUUUGCCCACUGCACAAUUGAGAAUGGAGGACACGAUACAGGAGCCAGAGGAGAAUAAUGAAGAUAAUCCUCAGAUUUUACCAAUAUCUUGCGAACUGAAGGAUGUGUCUGUGGUCAGUGAUACAGGGCAAGAGGCCAGUACUCAGAAACGACGCCUAAUUUUCGAAGCAAUGGAAGAAAGCAGUGACAGUGAGGUCACACCCUCACGCUCGCCACACAUCCAAAGGAGGAAGCUCAAAGCAAACGUUUCAUCCAGCAGUGAAGACAUCAAAACAGAAAGUGCUGACUCAUCUGCUGAGGAUGAGGAUUUCAUCCGAAAGCAAAUUAUGGGAAUGGGUGAUGAAGAAGAAAUGGUCAUUUCAGAAGAUGAGAGAAAAAACAACUUAGCAAAUGAGGAGACUGAACUCAAUAAUGUGGGAGUGAUAGAAAAUACACUGUUCACCAAAGAUAAUGAAGACAACCCAACAAGGAGAAAAACUGUACCUGAAACAAAUCAAGAUACUCUUGAAGCAGUACGAAGCACUACUUUUAAGAAAGCUAUUCCAGCUAUAAGACAGAGACAAAGUACUGAAGAAGAUGUAGAAAGCAUCACAGAAUCCCUGUCAAAGGGAUCUUCUAGUAUUCAGGUAUCUAGCUUUACUCCAGGUUCUUCACCCACAUCAGCCUCAUCUCUGGAGGAGGACAGUGACAGCAGCCCCAGUCACAGGAAAAUCACUGUGGACAAGCACCAUUUUAAAGCUAAGCAUAGACAGCCUACCCAGCCUCUUCCAAUGAUUGAAGACUCUUCAGAAGAAGAGAAGUUCAGAGAAGAGGACAAUUUAAGAAAAAAGGAACCUCCAAAUGAAAGUGACAUUCCGCAGAAGAAGCCCUCCAAGAAGUCUCAGACAGACAAAGAUGAAGGCCAACAACUCCCUCCAUCUGAGAAUACUUCCUCCUUAGAGGAACUAAGUCAGUUUAGCAUGAUGGAAGAAGCAACUAGAACAUCUGGAUCUGACUACUCUGCAAGUGUAGAUUCAGAACGGGAGCUGAGGAAAGCUGUGCAGAGAGGCAGUAAACCGUCACCAACUGUAAUACCCUACACUCCUGAUCCAUUUAUAGAAAAGGUGGCUGUGACUAAACCAUUAAAAAGUGCAGAUGAAGCAUAUGAGGAAAUAAUACAGAAGACUAAAACAAUUCCAGGAGAUAGUCCUCCAGAUAUUGAACCACUCUAUGGAGGAAUGACAAUAGAGGACUAUCUUUAUGAAUCCUUAGUUGAGGAACCAGAAAUUAAGAUAAGUGAAGGUAAAGAUGAAGACCUAAAACAGGGCACUGGCUCUGAACCCCAUAAGAAACUCAGGUCUCCAGAGGAGGUUUAUGAGGAGAUGAUGCAGAAGAAGAGAGAACUGAUGAUGAUAGAGGAAGAGUUUCAACAGGCCCAGACUGCCAUGGAAUCAUUGUCAGAGGCAACAAUAAUUGUACCCACCUCAAUUGUUGACUCAUGUGUCAUCAGCAUACCCACAGAAGAGGCAUCACUAGCUGAAAAACGUGACAUGGGUCUUGUAGAUACUGAGACAUCAAGUGAAAUGCAAAUGAAGAAAAAGAAACGUCCAGCACCACCACGUCCCUCUGUUCCUCCUAAACGCUCAGAAGUGGUUGGUGUUCCAAGUACCCCUAGUGGAUAUAUCGGAUUUGUGAGGCCAAUGGUGCCUCAAGACCCUUCUUUCAGAAAGGCACUGUUCCCUAUACCAGACCUCAAAAUCACACAGUGUUCAUCUGGGGAAGAUGAGGAUGACAGUUUUGCAGAUGAGUAUGGCAUUGGUAUUUCCUCUGACAUUACACCCAGUGAUGAAUCUGAGACUAAGGAGGACCCUUCCAUUAGUCCACCUUUAUCAGAAACCCCAGAAAUGGAGCCUAUUUGUGUGGUUUGUGAAGUUCCACAACCUAAACCUAUCCCAACUCCAAUUUCAGCCCCAGAAUUAACAACUACACCUUCCCCUGUGUCACCACUGUCCCCUCCAACAUCACCAGCAACUCCUGAUUCUAGUUUAGCUUCCAUUGCUACAUCAUCUUCCUCAUUCCAGGCUCAAACACCGAUUUCCCCAGACUCAACUCCACUGUCAACACCGACACCACUGAAUUUAUUUGUAACUGAGUCACCACCUGGGAUGCUUCCACAGUCUAUUGCCACAAUUUCAGCACUAUCAACUGAUAAAAGUUUAGUGUCUCGUGCAUCUCCAUCUAUAGUUGUAGUUACAGUACCAGAUGUGGUGUUCAGCCCAUCAAAAGAUCAAACAACUACAACAUGUCAAAUUACAGCCUCUCUCAAUGAAGCUUUACCCUCAGCUCCUGCAGAAACAUAUUCCCCAGUAUCUGUAGUAGUUCAAAUGCCAGACUUAGUUUCAUCUCCUUCUGCACUUCCCGGUGAGGGUGCAGUUGUCACGCAAGUCUCAGCACCACCUCAAGCCCUUACUGUAGUAUCAGGUCAGUCUACAUCCCAUGUCACACCCUUUGCAUUACCAGCAGAAGCAUUUUUUCCAGUUUCAACAUCUGCUUUAGUCCAAAUUCCUAGUUUUCCUGCAGCCUCAUACUCUGGGCCAGUCAUAGUCCAGAUGCCUGACCUAGUUUCAACUACACCUCCAAUCUCAGUAACAACCCCAAUACCAGUUUCUGCACUAGUAACUACUCCAGCUCAAGCUCAAGCCAAAGUGGUACACUCAGUCCCUGUACAACCAGCUAUUUCAUCAGUGACUCCAGUGGUGAUUCCAGCUAUAGCUCAGCCAUAUCAGCUGCCUACACUAGCUCCAAUAUCAACUACCAUAGUCAAAAAGAAGGUUCCUCCACCUCCUCCACCCCGAUCUACUUCAGUUUUGUUACCUGACAAUGAUACAGAGAUACUGCCUUUAAAUCCUGUCCAAGAUAUCUCCCCCAAUAAAACUAUUGCAGCAGCUAUACAACCCACAGUGAUUCCUCAAACCACGCAGUCUGUUGUCGUUGAUAUACAGCCAAGAAUGGAAGACUUAAAGUAUGAUAGCGUAGCUCCAACUAGAGAAAGUCAUGUAGUCAUCAUUGUGCCCAGUGUGGAAAACAAAUCUCAUCUUGACCACUUGACAUCAAUUGCAACUUGCACAGCAUCAGCAUUUUCCACUGUAUCUUUGACACAAAGCAGUCAUAGUGCCACACACUCUGUGGUUGUUCAUGUGCCAUCUUUUCCCACUUCUACUUCUGUUGUACAAAUGACAGAUACGGCUUCAAUGUCUACCAAGGUGUUAAGAGUGUCCCCUGUAGCUUCAGUUCCACCACCUUCUUCUAAGAUGAUUAUGGCAACAAAAGCAGACACAGUUGAAAUUCCUGUUGCAGAUACACCUUCACCACCACACCCGACUUUGCCGAAGCCUGCUACUUUGCCCAAGCCAAGUGCUUAUCCAAAACCAAUAAUUUCCACUGUAGUGACAAGUGCUACAGCAACAGUUGUGCACUCUUCUCUGACAAAAAUGGGUCUUACUCAAACAGUAAAGCCUCCUCCACCCAUACCACCUAAGCCUGUAUCAAUACCAGCUGGACUAGUUUUCAGUCACAAACCAGGAGAGAGUGUUAAACCACCACCCCCUCCUGUUGCUCCCAAAGCUGCAACACUGCCUAGGACUAAAGAACCUCCAAAUGCUCUGUCAUUUAGCUUGACUCGACCUGUGGAGUCUAGGUUGGGUUCAGCAUCACCUAAAUCACCUCUGUCUCCAAGACAUGCAAAAUGUUUGCAAACCUAUGUUGUAAUAACCCUGCCAUCUGAGCCUGGAUCAACAGCACAGAGCAUAACAGUCAAGGCACCUAUUCAAAGAGGAUCCAUUCCAUCGACCAAUGAGACAGGGAUGCAGUCUAUUCCUUCAGAGCAGAAAACAUCAAGUGAGGCAAUCACAGCCGAGACAACAAUUAGAAGAGCAUCUAUUCCUUCUGUGAGGCAUCCCCCACCAAUAACUGUAGCUCCACCUAUGGCAGUUGACCAGAUGGCACCCUCCGAGACAGUUGCAGUAAUAUCCCAAUCUAAAAGAAACUCAUUACCUUCAGAAAUACAACCACCAUUGUCUAUGAUUAAUGCCAUACCAGUAUUAUCAGUACAGGACAAACCCAUUCAGGUACAUAGUGUACCCUCUCCAGUUAAGAAAACAUAUAUACCAAGUGGUGCUCAACAACAGUUGCAACAGCAACCACCUGUUAUCCAGCCACUGCCAGCACAAACAUGGAUGUCUGAAAUCAUCAUAAUGCCCCCUGAUCCAGAGAAUCUCACUGAACCAGAAGCAGUGGAAGUUGCAGUUUCAAUGCAAUCUGGACCAUCCAUUUGUCAGCAUUCCAAUCUAGCAACAGAGGCCAUAUCAACCUUAUCAAAGGAUCAUUCUGAAUCUCUAUUACAUCAAGCCAUGAUGUCACCUGCCUCUGUGGAACUACAUCCUCUCACAGAUGUUGUUGAUGUAAUACAUCCUGAAUUACCUUUUGAAAAACUAAUUCAUCAGUAUGGACCAACUGUGGUCUCCUCAACUGUUCAGUGUCCACAAUUCAUACCUCCUUUUGAAAUGGUACAGAAAGAACAAGAUAUUCCUACUGAUGUUACUGUUAUUGAUGCAACUUAUAUUCAACUACCAGAGCCAGCAGCAGUUCGGCAACUUUCUAUUCAACAGCAAUCCACAGAAGAACAAAUUCCUAUGCUUUUCAGCAAUACUUGUCCUCAAAUUUCAUUAAGCCCACAAAGCAUUCAACCUGUAGAGUCAUUUCCUCCAGAGUGGUCGAAUGUGCAACAAACAAUUCAUCAAACAGAAACGAUCACUCUACCUACAAGUUUUGAAAUACCCACAGAGGUCAUUACAGUUAACACUGUUGCUAGAUUAUCAGCUGCAGCAACAGCAUCCCAAAUUCCUUGUUCUCUACCUGUAGCAGCUAAAGGUAGCCCAACACUUGAUGUAAUGACUUUGACAUCGCAAAAUACAGCUGCUAAUUUGCCACCAACUCUUCCAGUUUCUGAAGUGGCACCAUCACCUGUUGUUAUCGAAAUUAAGGAAAUUCAACCAGAAGUAUCUCCUUACACCCCACAUGUCUAUGGAGCAACGACAUCACAAACUAUGAUACAUCCACAGCAGGCCAUUUCAUUGCAACCUGAUCAAGAGACAGCCCCAGAACUUACAAAGGAUCUGUUUGUGAGAAGAGCUUUGAUACCAUCAAUAAUGCCAAUUCAGGUAGAGGAUGAAAUUACAGACAUUCCAGCACAGCAUAAGAUGCCACGUAAAGUUGCUUUAACUGGAGAAAAAUCCAUGUCAUCCACAGUGCAGCAAGCACACACAAUGAGUGGGAUAUGUCCCCAGCCCUUAGAGUAUCAAACCCCCACCCAAAUGCUACCAGCUGAGGCCUUUGCUCCCACCAGGGCAGAAUCCAUAAAUGGACAAGAGUCAUUGCCACUGGAAAAGAUAGUAAACCUACCAGCUGAAAAUGAAUUCUGUAUCACUGGAUAUGCUACUCAGGUACCCUAUAGAAAAUGCUCUGUUUCAUCAGAAUAUGAUCAUCCCCUAGAUGUAAUGACCACUGAGGCUUACACUAGGAGAACCUCACCACCUAUUGCACAAGACAGUCAAAAGGCAUUAUCUGUAACUCCAGUCACCUUUACUAAAUUUCAGCAGGAGUCUAUUGAGAGCCAGGAAAUUCGAGGACCAGAGAAAGCUGUUUCCAGUAAGACUCAUCUGUACUCGUCUUCCCUUUCCACCUCAGGUCAGCCUCCUGAAAUUUUGCCAAGUCUGGUCACUCAGGUGGUCACAACUGAGGUCCAAAGGACAACUGUGUCAGUUGUCCAUGAAAGGAUACCACAGGUCCCCUCACCCAGUGUAGCAAUUACAAUACAGCCAGACAAAGCAAAAGUCCAACCCUUACCCAAACAGAAUGGGAAGCUAGCCCAUCCGAGUGAUGUUAUUGAUUUACGUACCAUGAAGGUUGGUGUGAAAAUGACUGAUCAAGGCAUGGAUUUGACACCACCACAGUUAUGUCGGCAAUCUAUUUCAAGUGACUCUAGUGGGCGUCAAAUAACAGCAGUGCAACCUGAAAUAGUGAAUCUAACUGCAGAUUUAUACCCUACUACCACAUUGUCACUUGUAACUGACAGCGUCACAAUAGUCACAUGCUCAGCCACUAUUGCUUCAUACAACAACACUCCAGCAGAGAAACACCUGAAUUUGCAGGAUCCCGUUACCUCAGUGCCUCUGCCUCUAACAACAUACCAACCAUGUGAACCUCUAGCACAGAUUGUCUACAGGCCGGUGAGCUCUCAGCAUGUAAUCAGUACUGUCUCAUCCACCCCUGAAGAUGUUCCCAUUAAUCUUUCUUAUGAAGCUCUUGUUUCAUCAGUAGGCAAACAGCCAAGGACUUCAGCUGCAGUAGCUAUCACCAGUGAAGGUUCAGUCCUUUCUCUAGAAGCCACAGAGGCUAUGGAUCUGUCAAACUACAGACCUGUGACAGCUAUGGUAACUUUAUCUGGCUCAAAUUCAGGAGUUGUUACUACUGUUGUGGAGGAUGAUGGGACUCCAGUUGACCUGACAGCUGGUAGAAAGAGUGUAUGUUGUAAUAUUAUUUACAAGUUACCUUUCACUGGAAGUUGCGGAACACAGCCACCUGUGACAACCCAGCCAGAUAACUGUUUUGGCUCCAGAGAUGAUCUGCAUCAAUAUGAUAAUGUUGGAGUGUAUGGAAUCAAAGGCAUGAAUGGUAUAAAAGCCUCAGUGUCUGAGACAAACCUUACAGAGGUUGGACUCUCUUCCCACGAUGCCAAGAGUGACUAUGACUAUCUCAAUGGAUCCUCCGAUGGAGCUAUAGACCUCACUGCUGCUAAGAUUUCUGCUGGUAAAGCUCUAGACUACACCAGCAAAGCGACAGGAGCCUACCCUGGAGUCACCACUGCUGCAGCUGGUUUUGGUGAUAGUAUUCUAAGAACCUCAGAAGGAAUUGUAUACUCCUCUGUCACAGCUCCAGUUCCAUCUACUUAUGCAAUUACAACUCAGCCAGGCUCCGUCUUUUGCACUACCUUAACACCUACAUCAACAGUCCAGAACCAGUCAUUGCCACAUCAAUAUGGCAUAAUUCCCAGUAUGGACACAGGUCACAUAAUUCCUUUUGACACAGGACUACCUAAGGAGCUUUUGAAUACAGCAUUAGCUGAUAUCAUAGCAGGGUACCCAGAGAUGUAUUCAGAUACCACCCUAGAAGCAAUUGCUGCCUCGCUUGAUGCUUUAGCCUCUUCUCCUAUAUUCCCUGGUUUGGACAACACCAAGAUGGCGCAAUAUUACAUGGAAAGAGAGUUUCUAGAGCUUGAGAAGCUUAAGCAACUGUGUCUUGCUGAAGAGCUGGAAUGGGAGAGACAGGAGAUCCAGAGGUACCGUGAACAUGAACAGUUGAUGGUCCAAAGGGAGCUUGAGGAGCUUCAGGCCCUGAAACAUCAGCUACUUUUUCAGCAAGAGGAAGAAUACCAUGCUCAUAUGGUGGCUCAGCAGGAGACCUAUGCCCAGCAGAAAGAGCAGCUGCAGCAAAUCCAGCAACUACAACUACAGCUCCAGCGUCAGCUUGAUGAGCACUAUGGGACCACUGGCAUCACAGGCAAUCUCCUUGAUGCAAAAUAUGCAGGUGUAGGUGACAGUGGCCAAUACUGGCCUGUCAAAGAUGAGUGUACACCUCCAUCGACAGGGAGAGAGUUAGAGGAAGGUCAGGACCAGCUUAAUAUAUUUAAGAAGCUUCCAGCUGAUCAAGACACAGGAAAGAAAAUAAUUGACAGUGGAGUGCAGACAGAUGAUGAAGACUCUACAGACAAGCAGCAUGUAGGAAGGAGAAAGAGGAGCAAACGAGAUAGUGAUAGCUCAGCUCAGACUGAUGAGGAUCAAGAUGAGUGGGAUGCACCUGCAAAAGCUCGACGGCGUGCUCGAAAACACAGCAGUGAUGGGAGGCAUGGAUCCAAGGUCUCUAGCAUUGCUAUCCAGACUGUGGCAGAGAUAUCUGUCCAGACUGAUCACUCUGGAACAAUUAAACGACCCACUGUCCAGAUGGACACCAAGGUGGAAAUCAUCAAGCACAUCUCUGCUCCGGAGAACUCACAGAAAGGAGACAGUCUGAGUUGUCAGACCGAUGCAGACAGAAAGCAUGGACCGACUGACGUGGGAUAUAGCACUCACCUGAAGACAGAUGGCCCUCCUAAGUUAACAGGUUUCUAUAUGCCAGUCUCACCCCUAUCACCUGAGAAGUCACUUGGAGGGCAGAGAAUGCUCAGUGCUGAUCCAGCUAGAUUCUCUUCUAGCCUACGGGCACUGAAAGUUGGUCAAAAGUCUCUAUCGGAUCCUAAAGCCCUCAGUCCUACCACAGAAGACAGGCUGGUCGGAUACUAUGCUGGCAGCUACUCUGGCCGAGGUUCCCCCUCAAGUACAGAAAAGGUGAAGCGGACACUACCAGACCCCCCACCGGAUGAUGACUCUGUGGCAGGCCGGUCAAGUUACAGCACCAACUCUGCCCGUCGCCGUCUUGCCCGCAGUACAACUAUGGCCAGGGCAAAGAUACUGCAAGAUAUUGACAAAGAGCUUGAUCUGGUGGAGAGGGAGUCAUCUAAACUCCGCAAGAAACAAGCAGAGCUGGAUGAAGAGGAAAAGGAGAUAGAUGCAAAGCUACGGUACUUGGAAAUGGGUAUCACUCGACGCAAGGAGGCCUUGCUGAAGGAACGAGAGAAGAGAGAACGGGCAUAUCUCCAAGGAGUGGCUGAGGAAAGAGAUUACAUGUCAGACAGUGAGAUUAGCAACAUCAGAGAAGCUAGGGGUGAUGGGAUGGAGAGACCAAGGACAGCUCCCCAGUCCGAGUUUGACCAGUUCAUCCCCCCACAGACGGAGGCUGAUUCCCAAUACAAUACUCUAACUAGCCCCUACUCCCACUAUGCCCAGUAUGUUCCACAGACCCAAACCACCAGCCACUUAUAUCAGCAGCAGUCUGUUUAUCAUCAGCAAGUAUCUCCUUACCAAAAUGUUCCAACCCUUUCCCUUUCCCAUUCCCAGACUCAGGCUAGCAGCUACCCACAUGCCCUGCUCUUACAGCAGGGAAAGCAGCGACAGACCACCCUCUCUGACAUAGAGUCCAAGAUCACCACCAACUAUGAAGUCAUACGCAACCAACCUUUGCUUAUUGUGCCAACAUCCGCAGAGAGUGGCUAUGGGGUGGCUCACCUUGCGGCUAAGUAUGGCAAUUUGGACUUAAGGCUUGGGCUUGAAGAAAGGAGCAUGGCCUCAAGCCCCAUGUCUAGCAUCUCUGCUGAUUCCUUCUAUGCUGAUAUUGACCACCAUAAUGCAAGAAACUAUGUGCUGAUAGAGGACAUAGGUGAGCUAACCAAAGGCUCCACAGGUCUGGGCACCACAGGUUUGGGUUCUGGAUUCAACCUGCCCGAUAAAGAGUUGUCCAAGGCGGACAGACUACUCAGGGCAGCAGAUGUCAGACGCACAGCAGAGGUGGCAGAUGUUUUGGGUUCAGCACGACUUCAAGGUUAUGGUAAAGGAGAGGAUGAUACGAUGGAGGAACCCUAUGAGCUGAAGCUGCUUAAACAGCAGAUCAAGCAGGAGUUCAGGCGAGGAACCGAGGGAUUAGAACACCUCACAGGUUUGGGCCUGCCCCAGUAUCUCCACAGUGACACGGGUUUUCGCCACUUCCCUAAAGGUGAAAAAUAUAGCAUUGGCAGGCUAACACUUGAAAAGCAGGCAGCAAAGCAACUCCCAGCAGCUGUGAUUUACCAGAAACAGAUGAAGAACAAAAAAGCCCUUAUAGAUCCAAAAGCAAUCACUAAAUUCUCCCCAAUUCAGGAGAGUAGGGAUCUGGAGCCAGACUUUGCGAGCUAUAUGGGACCUGGGGCCUCCUCUGUCACCAAUCUUGCUGCUAGAGCAAGGCUGCUUCAGGAUGAGAUCACCUUUGGACUGAGAAAGAACUUGUCUGAGCAGCAAAAAUAUUUGGGCUCCUCCCUGGGAGCAAACCUGUCUGGUUCCCUUAAUCUUGGACAAUCCCUUGGUCUGGGGUCCACCAUUAGAGCCUCUGCCCACGAUGAUGGCACAUACCCAAGCGGCACUCGAUCCCGCCCCUCCUCCCGCCCCUCUUCUGUCUACGGUUUGGAUCUUUCUAUAAAACGGGACCUAUCUAGCUCCUCACUCAGGCUUAAGACUGAGGGAGAGGUCUUGGAUGCAGCAUUUGCCCCUGGUGUGACCAGAGCAAAGCCUACCAGUUUACCUAUCAGCCAAAGUCGGGGCCGUAUCCCCAUUGUGGCUCAAAACUCUGAGGAGGAGAGCCCUCUGAGCCCAGUGGGGCAACCUAUGGGUAUGGCUAGAGCUUCAGCUGGACCUCUCCCCCCCAUCUCUGCUGACAAUAGAGACCAGUUUGGGUCUAGCCAUUCCCUGCCAGAGGUACAGCAACAUAUGAGGGAAGAGUCUCGGACACGAGGCUACGAUCGAGAUAUUGCAUUCAUUAUGGAUGACUUGCAAGGCGCCAUGUCUGACAGUGAAGCUUAUCAUCUGAGGAGAGAAGAUAGUGACUGGUUUGAUAAGCCGAGGGAAGAGCACCUACAAAGCAGAAGAAUGACAGACAGGAGACAGAUGAAAUUGGUCCCUUAUGCCUUCCCGAACACUCGAGUCAAACUGAAGAGAGACCCAGUGGACACCAGUGUUUCAGGGAAUGGUCUUGGGAUCCGUGUGGUGGGUGGAAAGGAUAUUCCAGGUGGCCGUGGAGAGAUUGGAGCCUACAUUGCCAAAGUGAUUCCCGGUGGUGUGGCAGAACAAACAGGACUGAUUGUUGAAGGAAUGCAGGUGUUGGAGUGGAACGGAGUCCCCUUGAUGGGAAAAACAUAUGAAGAAGUGCAGUCCAUCGUGGGCCAGCCAUGUGCAGAGGCGGAGCUUUGUGUGCGACUCGACCUGAACAUGCUGUCUGACCCUGAGCAUCCACAAGCCCUGGAGCACCAUACCCAGCUUAAAGCUGCAGGGGGUCAAAGUUCUCCUGGUGUAGAUCCGAAGCAAUUGGCUGCAGAGCUGCAAAAGGUGUCCCAACAGCAGGCUCCUGGUAUGGCUGGGGCAGUGAUUGGACCUGGGAGUUUGGGGGUCCUCUCUGCACUGGAACGCUCUGCCCUCCUCCACUCUGGUACUGGAUCAGCAGCCUCCAGUGGCGUGCCGAGCCCCGGCCAGCCCGCAUCUCCAGCCAUAAGCAAGAAACAGAGACAAAAGCUUACAGAUAUGCUGAAGACACAACCUUACCCCAUCACUGGAGAAAUCCAGCUCCAGAUCAACUAUGACAGGAACCUCGGUAACCUGAUCGUCCACGUCCUGCAAGCUAGAAACCUUGCCCAGCGGGACAAUGACAGCUACUCAGACCCUUUUGUCAAGGUUUACCUGCUACCUGGGAGAGGUCAAGUCAUGGUUGUCCAGAAUGAAAGUGCUGAUAACAAGAGAAGGACCAAGUACGCCCAGAAGACCAUGAACCCGGAGUGGAACCAGACCGUCAUCUACAAGAACAUUCAUCUGGAACAGUUAAAGAAAAAGACACUGGAGGUGACAGUGUGGGAUUAUGACAGAUCCUCCUCUAAUGACUUCCUCGGAGAAGUUUUGAUUGACCUAUCAAACACUGCCCAGCUGGACAACACUCCUCGCUGGCUGCCUCUGAAGGAGCAGAGCGAAAGCAUCGAACACAGCAGGGCUCAUCACGCCGCUCAAGGACCACCAGGGUCUGGAUCAGGUCACGGUCAAGGACACAGCCAAGGUCAUACAGUCGGGUCCGGGAUAGGGCCUGGGCAGGGGACUGGUCAUGGUCAGGCAUCAGGACUACUAGAGGGGAGUCAUGAUUUACCAAAACAUUCUGUAAUCAAAAGCAGAAGCCAUGGGAUCUUCCCUGAUCCAGCCAAAGACAUGCAGCUGACACCUUUGGAAAAGUCACACAGCAGCCCAGGCAGCUCCAAGUCCUCGUCUGAAGGUCAGCUGCGCUCCCACGGCCCCUCAAGAAGCCAAAGCAAGGGCAGUGUCACUCAGACACACCUUGAGGAUGCUGGAAUUGCCAUUGCUGCUGCUGAGGCUGCUGUGCAACAGUCCCGCCUGCAACCAAGACCAGGACACCGACUGGGUGAUGCCUCUGGUUCAGUGGUGCUGUCUGCUCCAAGCCUUGUGGGAGACACAUAUGGGGGUCUAGAUGGAGAAGACAGUGCUGGGACUGGGGUGGACAGCGCCAUUUUUCAAGUACCACGCAUUGGAAAGACAAUUCCUAAUGGCACUGACAAAAAACAACUGGGGACUCCAGAAAAUGAAGGAGGUAAAACACAAGUAAUGGGGGAGAUAAAAGUGGCUCUUAAAAAAGAGGUGAAGACAGAGGGAGACCAAUUGGUCUUGGAGAUCCUUCAAUGCAGAAACAUCACCUACAAGUUCAAAAGUCCAGAUCAUCUACCAGACUUGUAUGUCAAAUUGUAUGUGAUGAAUGUGGCAACGCAGAAGAGGAUCAUCAAGAAGAAGACCAGAGUUUGUCGACAUGACAGGGAGCCCUCUUUCAAUGAGACUUUCAGGUUCCCGCUCAACCCUACUGGACACUCAAUACAGCUUUUUUUGGUGUCCAACGGCGGGAAGUUCAUGAAGAAGACCCUGAUCGGAGAAGCUUACAUCUGGCUGGACAAGGUGGACAUGAGGAAGAGAGUUGUCAGCUGGCACAAGCUUUUCAUGAGCCCAACUCAGACCAUUCCUUGAGAUGCCAUACCAAAAAAGACAACACUGUCAGGAGGUCAGCAAAAGGAGAAGCAAGAGUGUCUGCAUUCUGAGAUGAAAUUACAUUUAAAAAGAUCAGUAAGAGCAAAAAACUGAAAGAAGAGCAAAAAAAAAAAAAGACUUCUGAUCAAUGAAAUUAAAUUUCUCAGUUUGUAAAUUACAAGAAGGAGAAUUCUGUACUUAGACCACAACAAUGUGAUCAGUACAACACUGCCAGUGCACUUGUACACCUCCUCCGAUGUCUGGGCUGUCUGUGGACUUGCUUGUACUAUGCAAACACGCAAUCACCACAGCCAGCAACGAAAGGGACCCGGCAGCAAUAUGGCUUUAUGAGCAGCGAUGUCAUUUACCGUAAUUCCACUCGCAUGCGACAUUUUUAUUUUGGUGCUUUGAGAAGAAUAAAAACAAAAGAUGGAUUUGACUACGAUCAUACCAUCACUCUAUAAAAUUAGCAUUGUGAUUUCAUUCAUCGGUUGUGACGUGGACAUCGACGGGCUUGACAUUUAAAGGUCAUGGAAUUGAAAAAUCAAAGGUUACGCGAAAGAAGAAACAGAUGACUUUUGCUCAAGGAUGAAGAUAAAAUGCACAGUAUCCAGAAUGUAGAUAUCACAGAGCAUAUCAGAUAAUCACAGUGUACAGUUUAAUUGUAGAUAAGACUCAAAGAUAUCAGAUGCAGAUUAUAUCUUAGUGCAGAGACAUAAAAAGUCACUGCAACUAGAUUAUAUAUGAUUAAAAAAAAAUAGACCUGAGAUCGCUGUUAGACUGAAGCUGUGGGCGGCGCACUGACAAUCCAGUUAGGAUUCUUUUUUAUCUCGGGUGUUAUGCAGUCUUUACAGGUGUCGUGAAUGCGGACCUAUCUGUGUGCGAGGAGGUCUGAGGGAAGCGGCUCCUCCGAUUGGUCCCCUCAUCACAGCGAUGAACCACUAGAUCUUCAACAGGGCUUUGAAAGGUUAACAGGGCAAGGUCAAAGUCGUGUACUAUCGCGCAGAUCAGGUUAGCAUUCCAGUAAAACGAUCACAACCCUGUCCUGUUCUGAAUGUUACACACCAACUGUAAAGGAAAGAUAAGAGUUUAUCACACACGUGUCAUGCAAUCAUUUUGCUUUAAGGCCGUUGCAGUUCCUGAUGAUGCCAUUUCUUCCCCCAUCGUGCAAUCACAGUUGUCCAAAUUGACAUUAAAUCACAAAAGUAGAGCAAAAACAUGAAAUACAGUGUGAUUAUUCUGUUUCUUUUGUGUCAAUGACCCCUGUUGUAAAACAGUGAACCAGCCAUUUUCACUACCUUUGAUCAAACCGCAAUGACUCAGGUCACUCAUGAUCAGUCAUAAUGGUGAGGACAGAAGACAAAAUGUGCAUUCUCUAGUAUGUAGAGAGGACAACACUGUAGUGAUCCUCAACAAGUACUCUUAGUGUGUUAAGACAUCAUAAGGAUGACAUAUUUUUAUUUAACAAUGAACAUUAAAUGAGUCAUAUUGUGCAAAAUCUAUUAUCUACCUGGUACACUGUUAAAGAAAUCUGUUGUUUUUAGGGGACGACCUGGCAGCUGUGGUUGGCA